AUGCAUAGACGUAUCAAGGAAGGUGUAGUUCGACCACAUACAAAUGCAAUCAAGCCGACUCUAACUCAUGAGAAUAGAAGAGAAAGGUUAGAAUUUUGCUUAUCCAAGAUUACUAUACAAUCAUUAUUAAGUCCGAUUCCUACAUUCUAUGAUAUGUUUAAUGUUGUUCAUAUUGAUGAAAAGUGGUUUUACAUAUCACAACCAUCAAAACGUUACUACCUUGUCCCCGGUGAGGAUGAACCGUUGCGAACAUGUAAAAGCAAAAAGUUUAUCACAAAAGUUAUGUUUCUAGCGGCCGUAGCAAGACCGAGAUUUGAUUCAUUAGGUAACGAAGUAUUUUCAGGAAAAAUUGGUAUCUACCUGUUUACAACAUUAGAACCCGCUAAGCGUUCAAGCAAAAACCGUAUUGCGGGAACAUUGGAGACGAAGCCUAUUUUAUCGGUGAACAAAGAGGUAACAAGGUCAUGGUUGAUAGAAAAGGUUCUACCGGAUAUCAAAACCAAAUGGCCGCAAGGUCAUAUCGGUCCAAUAUUUAUUCAACAAGACAACGCAAAGCCCCAUAUUGAUGUUAACGAUAGCGAGUUUCUUGAAGCGGCAUCUCGAGAUGGAUUUGAUAUUCGACUUUGUUUUCAGCCCCCUAAUAGUCCGGAUUUGAAUGUGUUAGACCUUGGUUUUUUUCAAGCAAUCCAAUCACUUCAAGAACAAGAGGUUUUGCGUAUAAUUGAUGAAUUAGUUGAUGCGGUUCAAACAUCUUUUGAAAGAAUGCCAUCACAACAACUUAACAAUGUUUUUUUAACUCUACAAACAUGUAUGAAAGAAAUCAUAAAAGUUCAAGGUGGCAACAACUAUCAUGUACCGCAUAUUGGUAAAUGUAGGUUAGAACGAGAAGGUAAUUUGCCACUCCAAAUUGAAUGUGGUCAAAAUUUAUUAGACGACGCCAUAUUGUAUUUGAACCAGUAA